UGUAAAGGUGUUGCGUUUCUUUUCGGAAUAUAAAGUAUUCUGGUCCUUAAAAGUCUAGUCAGUUAUUAAUCAUUAUUGUGAGAGUGUUUGGUAUAAUGCGCGUUUUAUUCUUCCGAUUUCGUAGAAUGGGCUGCAAAGCGAUCAUAUUUAUCACAAUUUUCACUUUUUUAAUCCUCGGGGUUAGUUUUUAUCGAUACUAUCAUAACAGUAAAGAUCUUUUUGGAAAAUUCGAUGAGGGUAUUUUCACAACCGAACGGACCAGGCUUCAUCAUGACACAUUUAGGGGUAAUCUUGGCAGAGAAGGAGAUAACAAACUGAGCGAUGAAUAUCCGAGAACAAAAAGCCAAAGCAAUAAGGUGCCAAAUGAUGAGGGACAUAUUGAAAUACGGGACCAUCAGAAGCACAAAGGCAGAAUACCGACAACAAACCGAAGAAAGAAAAUACAGAAAUUGAAGAGAGUGCGGCCAAAGUCAAAACUCAGAAGUCACCUCAAGGAAAGGGUAUUUGGCUCCCUUUCAGAUGAAGAGAAAACAUUUGGUUUUGAGAGAUCCAUAGAUAGAUACAGUGACAAAUAUAGCAAUGGAAGGCCUGUAAGAGGUAGAUUCAAAGGGAAGACACGCGGCAACAAAGAAAGAAUCUCGAACGCUGAGAAUACUGAGCCUGGUGAUAAGGAUUUAAGCGACCAGCUCCGACGGAUUGCUGGCCCCGGCUACACUAGACAAGGCGAAGACAAGGGAUAUCUUGGAAUGACGAAGAUGCAUUCAGAUGUUCAGCAACAGAAGAAUGUGAAUGAAGACUACAUCACUAAUGGUGAAAACCACUUUGGGAGGACUCUCCACAAUGGUUUUGACAGAAAAGAAGGGAUGACAUCCGAUAGGGAGUUAGCAAAGGAGGAUAGUGGAAAGGUUCCCUUCGGUUCUAAGGAAGAGAUCGAGAAGGCGUGGAAUGACUACCAAAAAGAAAUUCAGAAGGUAUUGGGUAAAAAUAAAUAUAAUACACCUUAUCAUUAUCCCGAAAGAGAAACAGAGAGAAAGGAGAUGCACACUGGACAAACCAUGAAAAACAUUAGCGAGGAACAAUACCAGGAGAAGUUAGACCCUCAGCGAGACUCUAUAAAAAGAAAACAUUUAAUAAAGCAAAGUAGUGUGCCACAUUUCCAACUGCACUCUGGUACAUCUUUUAAAAAUAAGUUAAACACGCAUUCAAAUGGACCCACUCCUAGCUCGGCGGCACCGACUGACGGCAUGUCCGACCUUGUGAGAGAAAAGUUCGCAGCUUGGUUACAGAGUCGGGAUUGGGCAAGACGAGAAGAGGAAAGUCCACUUUACACAGACCACAGACACACGCUGGGUAAUAUAUCAGACAUGGUUCACACUAUUCAUAACCACACUUACACAAAUAUGCAUAUGCUGAACCAGUUAAUCAACAACACUGGUAUAUUAUACAAAGAGGGAUACAUCAAUACAACUUUUUACAGAGAAGCCUUCCCGAGAAGGGCUGAUGGAGCAAAGCCACCUGUGUUAUUGUUACACGCGCCGCAGUUCACCUCAGCGGUCUGGGUGAAUAUCGGCACGUUUCAAGUGUUGUCAGAAACCGGGUACCGGGCUGUUGCCAUCGAUUUACCCGGUUAUGGUAACUCCGUGAAUGCAAGUAUUCCUUAUUUGCGUCUAGACAUCUUGACGUACAUGGUGAGAAUCUUGAGUUCUUUGGGGCUGAAGGAACCCAUUUUAGUGUCGCCAUUACGGAGCGGUGAAUACGCGAUGCCACUCAUCAUGAAAUACCCACAUCUGAUAGGUGGAUUCGUAGCGUUGGCGCCAACAGAUACGUCUAAGUUCUCCCGCGACGAGUACGAGGAAUUGACAGUGCCGACACUAGUUCUCCUGGGAGAGCGAGAUCACACAAUGCUUGGAUUUGCCUCACUGGAUAACCUCGAGCACGUGCCCAACAAAAGGAUCUUUCUGAUAGCAAAUGCUACCCAGAAUUGUUAUGUGCAGAACCCAGUCUCCUUCCACCGUUUAAUGCUUAUGUUCUUACGUGAGUAUGCAGCGAAUAUCACCGUUAUCGGAGAAGCUUUCUCGCCUAAGAGACCCACAAGAAGCGCGCGUAGACUGGACAUCAGCCAUCAUGUUAAUGGCGAGCACAAGGUUUGAGUUGAGCGCAUAAUCGUGGGGGCCGGAUUCCUCCGAGAAAAACCCAACAAUGUGUCCAUUAUUACCUAGAUAAACCUGACACUAUUUAGAUUAUCCCCUAGAUAUAUAUAACAAUGUGUCCAUUACUACCUAGAUAAACCUGGCACUAUUUAGAUUAUCCCCUAGAUAUAUAUAACAAUGUGUCCAUUACUACCUAGAUAAACCUGGCACUGUUUUGAUUAUUCCCUAGAUUAUCCCCUAGAUAUAUAUAAAAAUGUGUCCAUUACUACCUAGAUAAACCUGGCACUGUUUAGAUUAUCCCCUAGAUAUCUCCAACAAUGUGUCCAUUACUACCUAGAUAAACCUGACACUGUUUAGAUUAUCCCCUAGAUAUAUAUAGCAAUGUGUCCAUUACUACCUAGAUAAACCUGACACUAUUUAGAUCAUCCCCUAGAUAUCUCCAACAAUGUGUCCAUUACUACCUAGCAAGACACCAUGAUAAAAGAGAACGAACGGCCAGUAUUAGGGUAUGUUCCAAUGAUGACGUCCGUGAAAGCUAUUUUUAGAACAACCAGUUAUUUUUAGAUAGGCCUCUGAUUGGUCAGCGCUCACGUCUAGCAACAUGAGUCUCACGCGCGAUCACAUCUUGAGCUAUGUGAACCGGCAAAGGAUGGAAAAAUUUUUUUACCGAAAAUACCUUCCUUUUUUACGAAAGCUGUGAAAAUAAUAUUCCAUAGAGUACGCUGGGUCCAAUCAACCGUUGGGACAUUGAAAUGUAUAAAGUGCGUGAUUCUAGGCUGUGGGAUCAACUUCCCCAGUAAAAGUUUUCACUGCUGAUUCGCAAAUUAUAAAACACAAUUCUCUUCCAAUUCCCUUUUAAUGAAAAAGAUACAUCCAGAACUUAAUAACAUUAUAUUCACAUCGAUAUUGUGGUUAUUAAGACAUGUAUUUCAUAAAUAAAAGAUUUUAAGUCUUUAUAAUUAGGUAAAUCUUUAUUCCAGUGACAAGGGUUUCUUGAGUGACAUGAUUUUUGAACUUUUGUGUGAAAAAUUGAAGUUCAUUCAUCUAAAAAAAAUUAAGAUCAAAGAGCCUUCUUGUAUUAAAAAACAUAACAUAGAUUCUGAUAAUGCCUAAGUAUUCUAUCUCACC